UUUUAAACACCUUUCGUUGUGGUAAAGCUUUUAAAAUAAGAUUUUACCAGGUGUUUUUAGUCAGUGGAUUGUUUUGGGAACAGUUAUCAACUUUGGGGAUUUUAAAAACACCUUUUGCCCGGUUUUCUUUAACUCGUGAGAGCAGCGCACCACACAGAAGCCGGCUCCUUCGCACACGGGGGAAAACGGCAGCACUGGUUUUUCAAAUUUUGUGUCAGUUUAAGGAAGAAGGAAGAGCUCCUGAAGAACUGAGGCCUCCUUUGAACCAGAAGGACAUGGAGCCCCUCAACAUGAAGCAGGAAGAGGAGGAGCAGCUUGAUGAGAUUAAAACUGAUGCCACCAACAUUUCAUUCUCUGCAGUUUCUCAUCAGGUUAAGGAAGAAGGAAGAGAAGUUUUGUUGUCACAGUUUGAUCAGAACCAACCUAAAGACAGAGAUCUUCCAACCAGCAGCACCACUGACCAGAUGAAAACAGAAAUUGGUAGAGAGAUCUGUGGAGGAGCAGUAACUACCAGGAAUCCAGAUCUAAAUCUUUAUGAAUAUGAUUCUAACUCUUCAGAGACGGAAGUCAGCAAUGAUGAAGAGGAUGACCAGUAUGGCAACAAUUCUGACUGUCAACUGAAAGUCUUGUCAGAUUAUGAGCCAAACACCAAAGAUCAUAUCAAAGACUGGAAGGAGAGCAGGUCUUCUAAAUCACAUGUUAAGGCUGUCAAAUCUUUCAGCUGCCCAGAGUGUGGUGAACAGUUUCUCCAUGAGCGGUCUCUCCAGAAACACAUGAGAGUGACAAGUCAUUCAGGACUGAAGUCUUCAAGCUGUUGUGUUGAUAAGAAACGUGUUAGAGUGAAGCAAAAUGUAGCCUCUAGCAGGAAAGUUCAGACAAAACUAAAAUCAUUUAGUUGUGACGACUGUGGAAAAAGUUUCCGCUCCAUAUCACAUUUAAACAUUCACAUGAGAGUUCACACAGGACAGAAGCCUUUUGCUUGCGAGAUAUGUGGACAGAAAUUUAACCAAAAGGGAAUUUUAGACAGCCACAUGAGAGUCCAUACAGGACAGAGGCCUUUUGCUUGUGAACUCUGUGGACAAAGAUUUACCCGAAAGGACCAUUUAGACACUCACAUGAGAGUCCACACAGGACAGAAGCCUUUUGCUUGUGAGCUCUGUGGACAAAGAUUUACCCGAAAGGGAACUUUAGACAGACACAUGAGUGUCCAUACAGGACAGAGGCCUUUUGCUUGUGAGCUCUGUGGACAAAUAUUUACCCAAAAGGGAACUUUAGACAGACACAUGAGUGUCCAUACAGGACAGAGGCCUUUUGCUUGUGAGCUCUGUGGACAAAGAUUUACCCGAAAGGACCAUUUAGACACUCACAUGAGAGUACACACAGGAGAGAAACCUUUUGCUUGUGAGCUGUGUGAAAAAAGAUUUAGUGAUAGGUCAUGUUUAAACAGUCACAUGAGAGUCCACACAGGACAGAAGCAUUUUGCUUGUGAGCUCUGCGGACAAAGAUUUAGUGAAAAGUCAAAUUUAAACAAACACAUGAGAGUCCACACUGGACAGAAACGUUUUGCUUGUGAGCUUUGUGAAAAAAAGUUUAGUCAAAAGACGCAUUUUAACAGUCACAUGAGAGUUCACACAGGACAGAAGCCUUUUGCUUGUGAGCUAUGUGAAAAAGAUUUAGUGAGAAGACAAGUUUAAACAGACACAUGAAAGUCCACACAGGACAGAAUUAAUGAACAUAAAUAAAAUAUAAAUUUUGGGACUAGUAAGGGUGUUGAAUGAAAUGUGCUACUGAUCUGAAAGCUCUUUUAACUAAAAUGAAAGGCAGCAGUUUUAUUGUUUUGUUUUUGGAGAAGAAAAGGUUGAAAAUGAAAUGUUUGUUUGCCUCUAAAUUGUUUUAUUAAAUCUCUUUGUUCACUA